AUGACCGAAGAAGUUGAAACGGUAGAUUUGACACCACAAACAAAAAGUUCAGAACCAUUGUCAAAACCUGUCAAAGAACUUACAGAUGAAGAGAAAAAUUCAAUAAUAGAAAGUGCCAGGUCUGGAAAUACAAACCCUAACUAUAAAGUCACUUUUCAUAGAAAUAGAACAGCUAGUAUCUCAAAAAAGAAACAGACUCUCACAAAUAAAAUAUUGAAGUCUGAAGGAGCUUUCGAGACAACAGAUGGAAAAGUUUACUUCACUGACCAACAGUUCAUUAUAGAACAUCUCAUUGACUUAGAGUCGAAAUAUUCUAAACUUUAUAACAAACACAAAAAGUUGAAAGGAAAACAAAAAUAA